UGGCAGUGGCGGGCUGGGUGAAUGGACCUCAAAGAAUCCCCGCAAUUAGCCUUUUUCUUAUAAAUCCAUUCAAGCCCUGAGGCCCAAAUGUUGAGCCUGUCUCCUCUUCUAAACAGAGGAGUUGAUGUCUUUUAGAGGUGCUUUCCUCUUCUCACUUACAGCCAAGCACUGCUCCAUGCUACUUCCCAGCAAAGGCUGGCUUUCACCAAGGUGAAGAUGGGAUGAAUUUUGACCAUAGUUAAGGGCUCAGAGCUACAUCUCCGGGUUCAGAGCUAGUUUUGAGAACAUUUAGUGUGCUGCUCUGGGUCCUCCAGACAGCCUUGGGGUACCCCCUGUGGAGAGUAGAAAUUGGCUUGGAGAGAAGGGGUUGGCUAAAUUUCGAUACUCCACACCGGGUGCUUCCGUUACUAAGGGCAACCCCCUCCCUUGGAAGAGAGGAAGUGAGGGCGUGGCCGGCGGGGCCGCCCCUCCGUGUUGCCUUGGAGACGCAGUGUGUCCUGUGGGCAGAGGUUGGGCAGGCCCUAGCUGACUUGAGUGGUGCUUUCUGAAGUUGAGGUGAGGCGGCCCCCCUGGGCUCUGGGCGCCCCUCCACUUGGCCGGGCCCAGAAGGUGUGGAUGUCCAGGGCCUGCUCCCGCUCCUCGGUGGGCUGGGGGAGGGGUGGGUGGGAUGGGGCCUGAGAGGCCUGCUGGAUCCUCCCCAGCACACAGUAGGCGCCUAAUUAGCCUGGCUGGAGUCCGGCAGCUCCCUCGCUUAACCCCCUCCCUGUGUCCACUGGGGUGGGGGUUCAAGGUCGGUUUGAAAUCCCAGCUGACACCUUUCGGGCAAAGACUUUCCUCAAAAGAGCUUGGGAGAGAAGAGCAUGAAACAAUAAUCACUUCUUGUUCUUAACCCCGAAGUCCCUCUGGGAUUUUCAUCCUGCGCGCCAGGGAGAGAGCCCGCUUUCCCUGCGAGUUCAGCGGUUGCCUGACGUUUAUCUGCCCGCUUCUUCGCCCCCUCCCUUCCGUUUGUUUAAAAAACGCGGCGGACGGAGAAGGGCCCAGGCUGUCUCCAAGGGCGGAGUGGGGGAGGCUCCGUCCCGCCCCACAGGUCCCCUGGAGGGACUCGCCCCCUCUCUCAAGGUCUGGUCUUAACGAGAGCAAAUCCCAUAACUGCUUCCUGGCAGGGACGUCCAGGGCCAAGAUGUCCACAGUGGGGAAGGUGACCCGGGUUCCCGGCGGGACAGUCUACCAGCAGAUCUUCCAGGCUGAGGUGCAGCUGGUCCACUCCCUGGCGGCCUCCAGGAAGCAGAAUGCAGAGCUUUCCCUGACCCCGAAGGAGGGCAGCAAGCCCUUGAUGAAGAAGGGGGAUAUUCCUAAAGGGGAGAUGAUGUCUUCUCGGCAGCAGAAGUGGGUGCACAGCCUGCCCAAUGACUGGGUCACAGAAAACCCUGUACUCUACAGGGAAAAGAAAAUUAGCAAGAAGGAAAAAACUCAAGACAGUGAGAGUGCCAUCGCUGCCCUGGAAGUCCGGAGCCUCAUGGACACCAUCGUUCCUGAGCGGGCCAGCACUGUCAGCCUUCAGGGAGACUACAAGAGGAAGGCCUUCGAGAGCGCUCUGCAGAGUUUUAAGGAGGAGAUUGCUGAGAUCGGGAUGGAAAUGGAAACUUUCGUCUUAGAGUCAGGAGCGCUUCUUUUAAAAAAGCUGACUGAGUUCAAGGAAGACAUCAACUGUCUCUUCAAAAAGAUGGAGAACGGCAACCUUGAGGACUACAGUAUCCAAACUCUGUUGGACCUGUGGGACCAGGUGGCUGAGAAGUUCCUGCUCCAGAAGCAGGGGAUUAAGGAGCUGGACGAGAGGCUCUACUCGGUCGAGUUCUCCCGGGUAGACAGACUGAAAAGCAUGUUGAAGAAGUAUGUGGAAAUCAUACAGAAAACGUCCUACCUCAUGCAGCCUGACGUGUACAGGCUGAUAAACAAAGAAGCCAUGGUCAUGAACCACGCCCUGCUGGGCAACCGGAGGGCUAUCGCGCAGCUGUCCGUCAACCUGAUGGAGGCCACGCUGAAGCAGGAGCUUGAGAGCCGCCGCCGCUGGCAGGACCUGAUCGAUACCUGGAAGGCUCUCAAGAAGGGCGCCCUGGUGCAGACCUUCAGUGAGUUCAUGGCCAGUGAGAGGAUCCAGGCUCCUCCAGCCGUGAAGAAAGAGCUGGAGAGCCUGCUGAAGAACCAGAAAGCCCUGCAGAAAAAGCGGCUGAAGCAUGUCUGCACCAUCUGCGACCUUCUGCCCCCCAAUUACACCCAAGAUCAGCUGGCUGAAUGGCAUUCUGCUUUCAACUCCCUGAAUAAGCAGCUUGACACCUACCACACCAACUGCAUGACACAGCUCCGCUCCCAGUACGAGAAGAUCUGGCAGGAGUGCCUGGCCUACGUGCAGAAGUGCAAGACGCAGCUGCUGGACUGGAAAGCCUUCACUGAGGAGGAAGCGGAGAGCGUGGUGAGCCCAUCCUUCUUCCAGAUGGUGGCAGCGCUCCAGAGCAAGGCAGAGGCGGAGCUGGAGUCCUUGGACAAAUCCUUUGAGGCCCUCUCAAAGCGGGCAGAAGGGCAGAGCUCGGACCUCUUCAGCUACUUCCAGGAGGCCGUGCAGCUGUGGGAGGCCCACCGGGGGGUGCUGUCCGUGCAGGAGCUGGAGCUGCAGAAGCGGAUGGAGCAGCAGCGCCAGAAGCACAGCCUGGAGAACCAGGCCCAGGAGGCCCUCCUUGAUGAGCUGUUGGACCAACUGAGACAGCAGAGCAGUGAGGCAGCCCUGAAGUCUCACCUGGAAAAGGCCAAGGAUUUUCUGAAGAAUAUAAAAUGCAGUUACAAAUCCUUUCAUGCCCUCUUGACACAAGAAGUGAUGGAGUACUCAGCAAUCAUACUGAAAGAACUCAACUCCUACAGCUCCAGCCUCAGCCGACACUUCUAUGUUCGUGAAGUCUUUGAACAGAACCUGAGUGGGGAUGUCAUCCUCAAACUCCGAGAACCAGAAGCAUGUGAAAAGCAUUUCCAGAACCGAAUGAGAAAACUGAGGAGGAAGCAAAGGGCUGAUGCGGAAAUGAGCAAAAGUGAGGAAACCAUCAGUGGAAGCCCAGGUUCCCCUGGGCCAGCAGAAGAGAUGCAGGAAGGAGAAUCUCAAGACACCGAGUUCUUCACGACGGGGGAGGUGGGAGGGAGCCAGCAGGAGAAGUCCGCCCUGAGCGAAGAGAUGAAUGAGUCUGGAGAGGACUCUGUUCAGGAAUCAGAAGAAGCGCAGGUUGAAAGAGACAGCUCCUUAAAACCAUCCCUGAACCAGGAAGGUGUCGCGGCUCAAGAAGAGGAGGAGGAAGAGAGGAAGGAGGAGGAGGAGAAGGAGGAGAGGAAGGGGAAGAAAGAAGAGGAGGAGAUAGAGGAAGAGAGGGUGGAGGAAGAAGACGAGGAGGGGGAGGAGGAAGAACAUGCGAGUUUGUCUACGGCUGAGUCCGAAGCCCAGGAGGAGAAUCUGGAUGCUGUGUCCCUUGAGGACAUGGACGUGGACAUGGAGUCCUUCACAGUCUCCAGUGGGAACACAUACUUUGUCUUCCUGCCCCUGGAACCAGAUGAGGAGGACGGCGAGAGGCCCCAUUCCAGCCUCUCUGUCACUCUCGCCGACGACACUUCCAAUGCCAGUUUCCUGGAACAAGUAAUAAUUCCGUCUGCGCUGGUUUCAGAAAUUAAGAGACAACUUCGAGCUGGCUUUUUCGAGCACUUAGAGGAGUGGUUUGACCAAUGUUCUCUCAGUGCCCAGGACGUGGUGGCCAACAAGAUUGAUGAGCUGGAGUCAGAGCUGGAGCUGCGUCUGCACCUGCAUGAGCCAAGAGCCCAGCACAUUGAAAAGGACAUCCACAAUGUCAGGGCAGCCGAGCUCUUGCUUCAUCAAGAGCGUUUGGCCAGCCACUGUGCUGGGGUGAUGGAGGCGCUGAAGAAGGAGAAGCUGAUGUUCUCCCAGUUCCAAGAGGAGCAAAACACAAAAUCGGAAAACUUCCGGCGCAAGAUUCAUGACAUGGAACACAUCUUCCUGAAAGCCACCAAGAGCCACAAGCUGGUCAUUCUCAGCAGCACAGUGCACCAGGAGCUGCUUAGCUAUGUUGACGUCAUCCAGGUGUCCCUGCGCAGCUUCCGCCAGUACCUGGAGGAGAGCCUGGGCAAGCUCCGCUUCACCAACAUCGAGUACAUCAAGCACUGCAGACUGUUUUCAGAGGGAGGCAACUUUUCUCGUGAAGAGAUUGAGUCACUAUGUAAUCGACUAGAGAAGGAAGCUGCCCGGAUAGAGUUUGUCGAAAGCUCGAUCAUGAUCAACAUGGAGAAGAUGGAGAGCGAGUACCUGGACCAGGCCAAUGAUUUCAUCAACAAGUUUGAAAGUAAAUUCCAUAACCUGUCUGUGGAUCUUAUCUUCAUAGAGAAAAUCCAGCGGCUGCUGACAAAUCUGCAAGUGAAAAUCAAGUGUGAGGUGGCAAAGUCCAAUUCACAAGCAGAUGGAUUAAACUCUUGUCUGGAACAGCUUCAAAGCAAAGUAGAAAUGUAUCGAAACUCAAAGGGAGAUAAAAAGGUAGUGACCACAGAGGACGUCCGUGCCUCUGUCCAAGCUUGGAAAGAAAAACUGAACCAGAGGAUUCACUACCUCAACUGCGGGCUGGACAGAGUGUCCACCACUCACGUGGAUUUUGCUGACAAUGUGCUCAUUGACGCGGAGAUAGGGAGUGACAUCCUGGUGUCUUCAGAAGCCCUCGAAGAGGACAGCAAGACACGUGGGGUCACCCCCGAGUCCCUUGCCCAUCCGAGCCGCAUGGGGAAGCCCAUGAUCGAAGACCCAGCUAUAGACGUGGUGAAGAAGAUCCUGCAACUUCAGGACUCAAAAUUCUCAGUUCCCUCCUCUGAGAAAAUUCGAUCGCAGACAGGUAGAGGCAAACAGGCCUGGGGUCUCGGGGCACUGGCGGUGGGGAAGCCAGCGGGGCCGCCCGGCCCGUCCUCACCUCGGGUCCUCUGCUUUUGUUCUGUGCACUCGUCACCCAAAGGCUUGAAGCGACAGCGGAAUCAGGGAGAACACUCUGGGAAGGCCUCGCCCAGUGGCAAUGUCACUUCUUCAGGGAGCGGCACACGGUUCGCCAAAUCCAACAAAAUCGACAGAAAGUACCAGGUGCUCUGGGACAAGCCACCUCCUCAGGCCGAGGAUUUUAAAGGGGUCGUCAUGACCCUCCUCUGGGAGAACAGCGAGCAUCUGGUGAACAUCAUGGAGGAGUUUAACCGCAAAGAGAAACGCCCCGUCACCAGGCCUGACUGCAUGUGUGACACCUUCGAACAGUGUGUGGAGAACGUCAGCAAGAAGAUGCUGGAGUACCAGGCACAGAUGGACGAGUACCACAACUCCUGCCUCAUCGAAUUACGAGGCCAGAUGAGGAGAUUUGAGGAACUGCUGCCCCAAGUGUGUUGGCUGGUGAUGGAAAAUUUCAAGGAGCAAAACUGGAAAAAAUUUUGCACCUCUACCACAGAGAUCCGGGAGCACUUCUGGGAACGUAUGGAGCAACUGGAGAAAAAGAAGGAUAAAAAUGCCCAGAGUCUCCAUCCUAAUCUUGGACACCCCGCACGUUUCCAAGAAGUGGAGUCUCUAUGUCUGGCAGAAGACAGACGGCAGGAGGAUGUGGACACCAUGAUUAGGACAACCAAGGACAAGCUGGAGGACUGUGCCAGGAAGUGUGGCCGGUUAUUCAUAGCCAGCUUGGCCACCUUUGCCGAGAAGUUCCUGCUGCAGUUGGAUGAAGUGAUCACCAUGGAUGACAUCCAGGUUGCAAGGAUGGAACCCCCCAAACAGAAAACAUCAAUCCUCAUACGGAGGAAACUCGCCGGGCUCUCCCUGGAAGAAGAGAGUGAGAAGCCCCUGGUUGAACGGGGGAGCAGGAAGUGGCCUGGGAUCAAACCCACUGAAGUCACCAUCCAAAACAAGAUUCUGCUCCGGAAAACAGCGUCGAUCACCACCACCAAGACAAACCUGGGCCACCUGGCAGCCGUGGAAGCCCGAAAUGCCGUCUACCUGAAAUACCUCGCGUUAUUCGAAGGGGAGUUGAAGAGGAUCCAGGACGAGCACUGGACGCAGGUGCGGGAGGCUGGGCGCUGGAAGGACAGCUGGAAGAGCUCCGUGCACACCAUCCGCAGCCUGUACUCGUGACGCGCUCAGUUCACCCCGAGUAAAGGCUCCUUUUCUAUGGACUCCUCCUCUGUCUCUCCGCCUGUCUCUCCGUCCAUCUAUCCAUCCAUCCAUAUGUCUGCCCACCUCUGCACUAUGCCCAGCACCGUAGCUUCAUGACUGGGGACAUCUCGUGGGCAGCAGUUCCAGUGAGGAAGACUGAGGUAGGAGGAGGAGUCCUCGUGGUUCGCAGGGACGGUGGGUAACGGGAAUAGGUCACUUAAAACAGAAGUACUUCGAAGGAAAUAACUUCCAAAAGCCACACUUGGUGCUUGCUCUUGGAAAAUGAAACAAUUAGAUCUUCUGGAAAAGGCUCUCUUUUACAUGUAACAAAAAUGUGGGUUAUAAUUGCAACCAUGCACUGAUUCCUAGAACCAACAAAAAAUGCAUCCAGUGCCACUUGGGCAUUUACCUGGCAACUCGCCUCAGCAAAUGACAGCAUUUUGGGGGAAAAAAAUCCUCUAGGACUCCUUAAUUCUCCCAAGGGCCUCUUUGAUCCCAUGGGACUCAGAUCAUCCUCCCCGAACACCUCCGCCCUGCUGUCUUCCUGGUCAACGUUCUCCUCUUUGAUUGCUACUCGGCCCCGCCACGCCAGGUCCCCUUUGUCAGUAGCUUUCCAUGUCACUUGGACGGGUUGCUCAAAUUCCUUCCUGGACACCACACACCCCUGUUUCUUUUACAUGGUUGCCAUUUUGACUGCAACCAUUGACAUUUUCACGUGCUUUCUCUAUCGUAAUGACUCAUGAGGCAAGCCCCUAUAUAUCUACCUAAUGUGGUUUCUUCCCACUGCCUUUGCCUUUCCUCACCCCAGCAUCUAGUGCAGUAUAAACUUUGUACCAGCCGGUUGAUGACUAUUACGGAAUCAGUAAUACUGCAGCUGGUUGCUUUGCUUAAAGUAUUAGUUACCCCACAACUGAGUCCUUAACCAGCUGACAACGAAGUAUCUGCAUCCUUGGAGUCAUCCAAAUAUCUGGGCCCUGUUCAAGGCUGAGCUGUGUGGAUGACCUACAACUUGGCAGGGGGCAGGGGGGCCUCUUAGACAGCCACGCCCCUCCCCUGUUGCUUCUGUGACCUCUCUCCAAACAAUAUCACUUUGAGCUUUCACGAUCCUCUGUUUUCCAGUGUUCUUCAGCUGUGUAGCCUCUGCAGCUUUAGGGAUCAGUCUCUCCCGGGGAUUAGCCCCUUUCAGCUGACUCA